CGAGCGGCCAGAGGGCGUGGCCGUCCCUGGGGCGCGGGCGCGGGCGGAGGUGCUGCGGUGCUGCUGGGGCUACGGCAACCGUCCAUCGCCAGCUCUGACCCCGCGGCGUGUGCAGGGGCGAGCGACGGGCGGCGGGCCGCUGUCCGGCCGGGACCCUACCACCGCUCCCUGCGACCGGGCCGGGCCUUCCCGAGGUUGUCCGAGACCGGGAUCGCCCCUCGAGGCGGCGGGACAUCGUGGGCGGGAGCGCGCUGGGGCCAUGCUCGCGCCCCAGGCAGCCGAUUUGUGACUGGCUUUUAGACGUUCCCACGACGUGUCCCCCCUCGCCUUUCUCCGAGUGCCCGCUCUGCAAACACCUCUCUAUCCGUGGGCCGGGCGAGAGCAGGCUCGCUCUGGCGGCUUUUGGGGAGAAGCCCUGUGGGUGGCUCCCCCUUGACACACGUACACAAAGAAAUACUGGAAUCUGAGACUUCAGGCCCCAGAGAAAUUGCACACGGCCAGAAGGGGGCGAUGGCUGUGGCCCUGGGUUGUGCAAUCCAGGCUUCCUUGAAUCAGGGCUCUGUGUUUCAAGACUAUGACGCGGACUGUGAAGUCUUCCGCCAGCGCUUCAGGCAGUUCCAGUACAAAGAAGCAGCCGGGCCUCAUGAAGCCUUCAACAAACUCUGGGAGCUCUGCUGUCAAUGGCUCAAGCCAAAGAUGCGCUCUAAGGAACAAAUCCUGGAGCUGUUGGUGUUGGAGCAGUUCCUAACCAUCCUGCCCACAGAGAUAGAGACCUGGGUGAGGGAACAUUGCCCAGAGAAUAGAGAAAGAGUUGUGUCGCUGAUAGAAGACUUACAGAGAGAGCUUGAGAUUCCAGAUCAGCAGAUCGAUAGGCAGGAAAUGCUCUUGGAAGAACUGGCACCGGUGGGAACGGCACACGUACCACCAAACAUCCACCUGGAGUCACCCCCACUCCAAGUAAUGGGACCUGCCCCGGAGGGCCCAGUGGCAGAGCCUUGGAUCCCACAGGCAGGGCUGCAGGAGCUGAGCUAUGGUGCCGCUGAGGAGUGCCAGCCCUUCCUGGACCCCGGGUAUCCACUACCAAAGCUGGACGUGAACUUUUCAUUGGAGCCUCGAGAAGAGGCAUGGGUGAAGGAACUACAAGAUUCCAAAGAAAUGAAACAGUUACUUGACUCCAAGAUAGGUUUUGAGAUGGGGAUAGAAAAUGAAGAAGAUCCUUCAAAACAGAAAAAACUGGAGAAUAUGUAUCCAUUUAUUGUUACUUUAGAGGGGAAUGCUCUCCAUGGGCCCAUUUUGCAAAAAGACUAUGUACAGUUGGAAAAUCAGUGGGAAAGUCCCCCGGAGGAUCUGCAGACAGAUUUAACAAAACUGAUAGAUCAUCCGAACCCCUCUGCAGGAGAGAAACCUGAGAAUUCCAACUUAGAAGAGCCUCUCGACCCCAGACCCCAGAAGAAAAAGAGUCCAGGGGACAAACCUCACCGAUGCCCUCAGUGUGGAAAAUGCUUUGCGCGGAAGUCGCAGCUUACAGGGCACCAGAGAAUUCACUCUGGAGAGGAACCGCAUAAAUGCCCUGAGUGUGGAAAAAGAUUCCUUCGUAGUUCAGACCUUUAUAGACACCAACGGCUUCAUACCGGGGAGAGGCCCUACGAAUGCACUGUGUGUAAAAAGCGAUUCACUCGACGGUCGCACCUUAUAGGGCACCAGAGAACGCAUUCUGAAGAGGAAACCUACAAAUGUCUUGAGUGUGGGAAAAGCUUUUGUCAUGGAUCGAGUCUCAAAAGACAUCUGAAAACUCAUUCGGGUGAAAAACCUCACAGAUGUCACAGUUGUGGGAAAAGUUUCAGUAGACUGACAGCUCUUACUUUGCAUCAGAGAACUCACACCGAAGAGAGACCUUUUAAAUGUAAUUACUGUGGGAAAAGCUUUAGACAGAGACCGAGCCUUGUUAUUCAUUUAAGAAUUCACACAGGGGAGAAGCCAUACAAGUGUAGUCACUGUUCUAAAAGCUUCAGGCAGAGGGCAGGCCUUAUUAUGCACCAGGUCACUCACUUUAGAGGACUUCUUUAAGAAUCUUGAAGAGAACAGGUUCCCACAGAGAUUGACACUAACUAAAAAAAAAAAAAAAAGUUAACCAACAGCAGCCUGUUUGCCUUGGAAGAAUCUUUUUGUUUGAGCUUAUGAGAACAGGUUUUAAAAACUAUUUAAAAAGCCCUUCUUCCAAAGUAUAUGAAUUCUAGACUAUCUGUCUACUCUUGCAACAUUCCCAGAUUUGAUUUAUGCUGUCUCUCUUCCUUUUUUUUUUUUUUUUUACAAUGAAAUGUUUUGUGUCCUAAGCCAACUAUGUCAUAGAUAUAAGCAUAAAGCAUAGAAUUGAUGACAAUCCUUUUCAGAGUAGGGUCAGUAUGAUGGAUGAUCAUGUCUAUCAACAUAACUACUAAAGCAGCACCAUAAUUAUUCUGCUGUCAUUACAAAAGGGGAUGAUGUUCGUGCAAAGCUUUAUAUGUGUCCUCUAAGUAGUAAGCAAGGAGACAGUGUGUUUUGUCAAAUAAUAAAAAUGUGUCGAGAACACAUUUGCCUGGUAAGAACUGGGUUAUUGCCAUUGAGAUUGUUUAUGUCGAAGGAAAUUAAGAUUUUAACCUUUACUUAUGAAUUUUUGCAAAGUUUGCUAGUCUGUUUAGUUGGCGGUCUGGGGUGAUGCUGCUUAGAGCUGAGUAUCAACUUGAUGAUUUAUUUUGUUCACAGAAUAACUAAGCUCUUUGUGGAAGAAUCCCUUGGACAAUUGAUGUCAUACAAGUAGAAUCUAACUUAAUUUAGAUUGCGAAACCAGUGUCUGUGGCUUUUUACUGUCCUUUGGUAUUCACCGAUGUGUCUCUCCGUGCUUUUAAGAUUUUGCCCAUUCUUUAAUUCAGUGUCCCCCUAACCGUGUGUCAUAGAGCACUUAGUUCUACAAGAUAUUUUACAAAUAAGUUCGGGAAUCCCUGCUGUCUCCACUUUUCUAGAUACACAAUGCACAUCAGCAUACAAGGAUCUCUGAGAGGUCCUCCGGUAAAGGCAGAAAAAGCACCUCUUUUGGCUGAGUGUUUUCUAAACUUAUUUGACGCCCAGAACCCUUUUUCAUGUAUACCCGGUAAUAACCCACAGAACUAGUAUUCUGCAAACAUUGCUUGGAACACACUGCCUUUAACCAUUUCUAUAGCUAUCAGUAUAGUUUUGUUGCUCCCAAGCCUAGUUAUCUUCAGUUGUUUCAAGGGUGUUAUGAAAAAUUCUUUACGUAUAUACAUUUUUUUUUUAUAUAACACACACAUCAUUUUAAGGAGGUGAGGGUCACCAAUCGAGAUAAUUUAUCAGUCGUUCAGUGAUUCUCAACCUCUUUGAAUUUUACUUAUAAUCACACACGCAUAUUGCUACUUAUAUAAACGUUGUAUAAUCGUGGUAAGGACUCAAAUUCCUGUAGCAAGGGAGGCACUCUCUUUGUCAGUUAUAGCUGUUAAUACAUGAAAAUAUUCAUUCAGCCUAGUUCCUUGUUAUAAAAUACAAGAAGUAGGACAUUCAAGUAUUUUCCCUUUAUGAAGACACCAGUCAUUCUUUCCCUAAACUAGGAGUAGGGAAAGUGUAUUUUGUUCUAUUCCACUGAAGUUCUCGGAAGUGAUGUUGAAAAUAAGUAUUUCGGGGGCAAGUACUCUGUGCCUAAUUGGUCCUGUUCUAGGCUUAAUGGAAACUAGUAAAGACAUGAAUCCGUGAGUCCGGUUCAUAAGGAGUUUAUAGUAUCGUUAGUUAAACAAGAGUUGGGAAAUAAAUGGAGAACAAUGCAAGAGAGUUUGUAAUUAAGUGCCAAAGCGUAUCACGUGCUACAGCCAGGACGUAUCUUUAAUUCCUGUCAUCCAGGUCCCUGUAUGAUGCUGCUAUAAGUGUGGAGUUAAAAUUGACAUCCCAGUAGCAAUAAACAUGUAACACAGGAGGAGUCUGAAUGUAGAGAUGAAAAAUACGGAAUGUAAUGGCUUCUCUUUUCUCUCUUGUGGACUUGCAUUCAAACCAGAACAGUGCCUUAGAAUGGAUGUGCCCAACUGCUCUGUAUCUAUGCAAUAUUUUAAUAAAGUGGAAAUGUGUAUGCUC